AAGUUCAACAAAUUUAAACAAUAUAUAUACACAUAUGUUUUGAAAUUUGUAAAACACAACAACAUCUUGAGCAAACAAGUAAAUAAAUCAAAUAAGACGAUGAAGCUUCAAAUGAUAUGGCUCGCUUUAAUAUUAAUAGCCAUUGAAACUAAUGCAACAAAGCUGGGAAACAAUGUCACAAUCCCAGCACUAAUAGUUUUUGGAGAUUCAAUAAUGGAUACUGGUAAUAACAAUAAUCUUCCAACUCUUCUAAAAUGCAAUUUCCCACCUUACGGCAAAGACUUUCCCAGUGGCUUCGCUACUGGAAGAUUUUCUGAUGGAAGAGUUCCUUCUGAUCUAAUUGCGGAAAAGUUGGGAUUGGCAAAGACAUUGCCAGCAUAUAUGAAUGCAAAUUUGAAGCCUAAAGAUCUACUUAAAGGUGUAACAUUUGCAUCAGGAGGAACCGGUUACGAUCCACUAACGGCUAAAAUUAUGUCAGUGAUAUCAGUGUGGGAUCAACUUAAGUAUUUCAAAGAGUACAUAUCAAAGAUCAAAAAACAUUUUGGAGAAGAAAGAGCCCAGUCUAUCUUGGACCAUAGCUUUUUUCUCGUGGUUUCUAGUAGCAAUGAUCUUGCUCACACUUAUAUGGCUCAAUCUCAUAGAUAUGAUCGUAAAUCAUAUGCCAACUUCUUAGCUGACUCAGCCGUCAAAUUCGUACGGGAAUUAUAUAACCUUGGAGCUCGUAAAAUUGGAGUAUUUAGUGCAGUACCUGUUGGAUGUGUACCGCUCCAGAGAACAGUGCUUGGAGGUAUGUUAACAAGAGGAUGUGUUAAACCAUUAAACAAUAUGGCAAAACAAUUCAACACAAGGCUUUCUCCAGCACUCGAAUCUUUAGAUAAAGAGUUGGAUGGUAUUAUACUUUACAUUGAUGUUUAUGAUACUCUUUUUGACAUGAUCCAACAUCCUAAAAAAUAUGGUUUUGAGGUAGCUGAUAGAGGAUGUUGCGGUAGUGGCUCUCUUGCUAUAUCUUAUAUGUGUAACACAUUGAAUCCAUUCACAUGCUCUAAUUCUUCUUCGUAUAUAUUUUGGGAUAGCUAUCAUCCGACUGAAAGAGCUUAUCAAGUUAUUGUUGACAACUUGCUUGACAAAUAUUUAAGCAAAGUCAUUUGA